GUCUGACAACAACGAAGUAGUAGUAGUAGAAGAAGAAGCGUCUGCUUUAAGUUUAUAUGACGUAGAGCUAGGCUGUGUUUUUUUGCUCUUUUAUUGGAGACAAAUUCUAAAGAAACAACGAAACCUAACAUCAUAAUGUGACCAAUCGUGUGAACAACCCAGUUAAAUGUUUUGGACGUGAAAAAUGGUCUCUUUUUUGAAGGGGUUAUGAAAGUUACAAAAAGAUCACCUCCCUGACAGAGAAACAAAAGAAAAUGGCCUGGUUUCAUCAUGCCUUGCAAGAAGCAAGCCUACCACAGUCGCCUUCGAUGAAGAAUCAUGUAUGUCUCGAGUCAACCCCCAGAUCAGCUAUACCAGUAGCUGAGGGCCAAGGUUGGCCUCAAUGCCUCCUAUCCUCCAUUACAUCCUACCCUACUGCUUCACAAGAUAUGCUAUGCCUAAAAGUGGGAGAACAUUUGGAUAACUCUUCCAUCAAUCAGAGUGAUGGUCCAGUGCCUUUGUCAUACGUGACUCUCCAGGAACAGCGCUGUGUGGUUAGCUGGUUUCUUGGCUGGGGUCCGUCUCAAAGAGAAUGUUUUCUUCAGGACCUGAUUUCAAAGGCAGUACCAGGAAAAGUUUGCAGCUUAUUGGAGCACCUUAAUAAACUUCAGGUGAUUUUUAUUUUCAGUCAAAAAUGUCAUAUCACACCAAGUGUUCACUGAUAUUUCACUGCUAUA